AUGUUUGGGCACCGGAGCAUCACGAAAGAGGGGUUGUUGCUUUUAGUCCUUCAAGAAGACCGCAGUGCCACAUACGCAGUGGUCUACGUAGUUGUUAGGGAGGAGUGUCCUCAGCCACUGCCCUGGGACAGAGACAAGGCACAUUGCUGCCCAAAUGACGCAGUGAGGGAGCGAUCUGCCAAGUUUGCUGAAAAUCCGCCUUCACUGACGCCGCUCCUCCAAAGGGUGGGACCAGAGGCUUUUGAGUCAAUUGCGAGUAAAUGGUGUCUGCGUCUGUGGUCGCUUUCAAGCCAUGAAUGCCUGCAACCCAACUGA